AUGAAAGAAAAACGUGCGUUUCCAACGAAAAAGUCAAAGCCCAUUUCUCAACGAGAUUUAUUGGACAGCGAAAUUCAGAAUUUAAAAUCCCAAUACGAUGAGCUGUCUUCGAAGGAUGUUGCGUCUAUUAAACGCUUCAGUGAAUUCCCACUUUCUAAAAAGACGCUAAAGGGAUUGAACGAUGCUAAGUUUAUGGAGCCCACCGAGAUUCAACGUUUGAGCAUUGGACCAGCACUUCAAGGAAGAGAUGUUUUGGGAGCAGCUAUAACGGGGAGUGGCAAAACGUUGGCAUUUUUAAUACCGGUGCUGGAACAUUUGUAUAUGGCAAAAUGGAGUCGAACGGAUGGAGUAGCUGCAAUCAUCAUUUCACCAACUCGAGAGUUAGCUUAUCAAAUUUUCGAAACAUUAAAGAAGGUGGGAAAACAUCAUGACUUUUCGGCUGGCUUGAUUAUAGGUGGUAAAAACUUGAAAUUCGAACGAUCACGAAUGGAUCAAUGUAACAUCCUAAUCUGCACUCCGGGGCGUUUGCUACAGCACAUGGACGAAAAUCCCUUGUUUAAUGCAUCCACUAUGGAAGUUUUGGUUUUGGAUGAAGCGGAUAGGUGCCUUGAUAUGGGCUUUGAACAAACACUGAAUGCAAUAAUUGAGAAUUUUCCACCAGAUCGCCAAACGUUACUUUUCUCCGCCACACAAACGAGCUCCGUAAAAGACUUGGCGCGUCUUAAUCUUAAAAAUCCUGUCUAUGUAGGUCAGCCGCAAGCAAAACAAGAAGGCCAAAGUGUUGUCCCAAAAGUUGUGCCAGAUCUGCUGCAACAGAACUAUGUCGUUGUCGCUCUGGAAGACAAAAUCACGAUGCUGUGGUCGUUCAUUAAGAACCAUUUGAAGCAGAAAAUUAUUGUAUUUCUCUCGAGUUGUAAGCAAGUUAAGUACAUAUUUGAGAUUUUUUGUAAACUGAGGCCGGGUACCAGCUUGCUUGCUUUAUAUGGUACGCUACACCAGGACCGCAGAAUUGCCAUAUACAAUGAUUUUGUAAAGAAAAGCAAUGUGGUUUUGUUUGCCACAGAUAUAGCUUCACGUGGAUUGGACUUCCCCUCUGUCAAUUGGGUGGUACAACUCGACUGCCCAGAAGAUGUUACCCAGUAUAUACAUCGAGCCGGUCGAUCGGCUCGCAACAAAACUCGUGGCGAAUCGCUUCUAGUACUUCUGCCAUCAGAGGAGGAAGGUAUGAUUGAGGAGCUCGGCAAAAAAUCAAUUUCAGUACGUAAGAUUUUAAUCGAUCCCAAAAAGUUGUUCUCUCCUCGGGCGAAAAUAGAGGCAUACUUAGCUCAGAAUCCAGAAUUGAAAGCUUCAGCGCAACGUGCAUUUGUGGCGUACAUCAAAUCUGUAUUCCUAAUGAAAAAUAAGAAAGUAUUUAAUGUUAUGUCACUGGAUUUCGACGCAUAUGCCAAGUCAUUGGGUCUAGUUGUAACACCUCGCGUGCGUUUCUUGGAUCGUUACUUGAAGAAACAGAGUAAGACAAACAAAGGCGGAACUCAAAGUGAUUCGGAUACUGAUGAUGAAGAAAAGUCCACAAAUGUAUCCAAACCUUCCAAUGACAUAUUGUUCAAGGCCCCCGAAAGUGAUUCAGAUUCGGACGACGACGAUUUUAUUAAAAUUAAAAGAGCUAAUCACGACAUUAAAGGCGAUAACCAGCACCCAGUUAAUGGUAAUGAUGACGAUGAGGAGGAUCUACCACCACCCGUUUUAAGGAAGAAAGAUAAACUUAUUACCAAAGCUGCUUUGGCGAAGAAAGCUCUUAAGAAAAAUCUUAAAGUCAACGAAAAGGUUAAAUUCGAUGAAGAAGGCCAUGAAAUUGUUGAUCCCCGAAAACAGUUGCAAUCCGAACUGGCUAAAGAAUAUGAAAGUAAAUUGGGCGAAAUGGGUGGUAUUGACAUUGAAAUGGCCAAACAGCUACUACAAGAAGAGGAUAAGUUUGACAAACAACGUUUCCGUUCACUUGUCAAACAAAAACAUAAAAAACUCAAGGAGAAGCUUAAAAAGAAGGACGAAGAACAACAAGGAUCUGAGACAGAUGAAGACGAAGGUGUGGACUAUGAUGACGGUGGUGAUGAGAGUGAUAAUUCUGUAGAUUUAUCCUGGCUGCCAGAUCCUUCCAAAGUCUACAAAAACAAAGAUGACGACGAAUCUGAUGUGCACGACGAAUCGCCUACAGAACAAACAAACGUCUCCAGGAAACAUAGACAUAAUAGUGAUCCUAGCGAAGAUGCCGAAGAAAGUGAUGAAGACUUCGCCGAACCAGUCAAGAAGAAAUCCAAUGUUACGUCAAAACUUACUCUUGAUGAUGCUGAAAUAAUAGCAGCACAAUUGUUAGCCAACUCUUAAUGAUUUGUA